UCAACAACACCUAAGGUUACUAUCACUCCAGAGACAGAAUCUACAAAGACAUCAACAUUGUCAGCAGGACCUAGUGUUCCUCCACCAACAUUGGCUUCAACUACACCUGAGGAUACUAUCACUCCAGAGACAGAAUCUACAAAGACAUCAACAUUGUCAACAGCCACUAGUGUUACUCCACCAACAUUGGCUUCAACAACACCUGAGGAUACUAUCACUCCAGAGACAGAAUCUACAAAGACAUCAACAUUGUCAACAGCCACUAGUGUUCCUCCACCAACAUUGGCCUCAACAACACCUGAGAUUUCUAUCACUCCAGGGACAGAAUCUAUAAAGACAUCAACAUUGUCAACAGCCACUAGUGUUCCUCCACCAACAUUGGCUUCAACAACGCCUGAGGUUGCUAUAACUCCAGAGACAGAAUCUACAAAGACAUCAACAUUGUCAACAACCACUAGUGUUCCUUCACCAGCAUUGGCUUCAACAACGCCUGGGGUUACUAUCACUCCAGAGACAGAAUCUACAAAGACAUCAACAUUGUCAACAACCACUAGUGUUCCUUCACCAACAUCGGCUUCAACUUCACCUGAGAUUAUUUUCACUCCAGAGACAGAAUCUACAAAGACGUCAACAUUGUCAACAACCACUAAUGUUCAGAAUAGUCCUCGACUUGAAAUUAGAAUAAUAAAUGUGGAGUGGCAAGAGGAAUUAUCAGACCCCACAUCACAGGAGUUCGCGACAGUUUCUACUAAUAUUGAGAAUGAGGUUACUUUUCUUCUGUUAAAUGUAUCCGAUAUUUUAACAUUUUUCAUCAAAGUAGAGGUAAUACAGUUCAAACGUGGAAGUGUCAUUUCCGUUUUUGAUUUGAUAUUUAAUGGCACGGCACCGGAACAAGAGAAAACAGCUAUUAGCGAAAUACAGAAAAGUGUUGUGCAAGACCAGAAAAUUGGAGACUUAGAUGUGAAAGAGCUCCUUGCAGCCACAAGCAGUCAGAAAAAUCCUGAAGUGUUGUACAGGGAUCCUUGUCAUUUCACCAGGUGUCCCGACAGAAUGUACUGCAAGUCAUUCAUCAAUGAAUAUUGUAUAUCUGUAUGUAACGAGAAUCCCAAUUAUUGCCCACUUGGAUCUCAGUGUGUGAAUAUGACAGAUCAUCAAACGAAUCCUUUCAUUAAAUGCCAGUGUCCAGCUGGUACGUCCGGGCCUAACUGUACAACUGAAGUUACUAUUAUGCCGACAAACAACCAAGGUAAAAAGAAAAUGCUCUUUUUUUUGUUAUACUAUAAAGUUCCCUAG